UCCUCUCCGCCCUGCCGCGCCCUGAAGCAGAAAGUUUGGGGGCCGGGGGCUGUCUCCUUCCGUCCUCUCCAAUGACUGCCCAAGGACUGCCGCCGCCCGGCCUCGACCGUGACCCGCCUCUGCUGCCCCGGUCGGAAUGAACUAUUCCAAGCUGUAACCGAGGCGCCCUCCUCGCCCAUCCCUCACCCGCCUUUCAGAAUCGCCUAGCUGUGUAUCAAUUCAAGAAAUCGUGGCCAGGCGCCUCCCCUCCGUGUUCACAAUUCAGACCCCCGGUCUCGCGCCCGAGUGUCCGAGGGGCGCGGUUUCCCCGAGACGGCGCGCUGCAAGGACGGACUCCCCUCGCCGACCCACAUACACCAUGAAGAGGUGCAGAUCGGACGAGCUGCAGCAGCAGGGCGAGGAGGAUGGAGCCGGGCUGGAAGACGCCGCCUGCCACCUGCCGGGCGCGGACCUCCGGCCUGGGGAGGCCGCGGGUGCUAACCCGGCCGGCGGACCAACUUCGGACGCGAGCGCUGCCGCGGCGCCCAAGCCGGGCCCCCGGAGCAAGCCUCCCGACCUGAAGAAAAUCCAGCAGCUCUCCGAGGGCUCCAUGUUUGGCCACGGCCUGAAGCACCUGUUCCACAGCCGCCGGCGGUCGAGGGAGAGGGAGCAGCAGGCGUCUCAGGAUUCCCAGCAGCAGCAGGGCCUGUCCGACCAUGACUCCCCAGACGAGAAGGAGCGCUCCCCGGAGAUGCACCGCGUCUCCUACGCCAUGUCCCUGCACGACCUGCCCGCGCGGCCCACCGCCUUCAACCGCGUGCUGCAGCAGAUCCGCUCCCGGCCGUCCAUCAAGCGAGGCGCCAGCCUGCACAGCAGCACUGGGGGCAGCAGCAGUGGGAGCAGCAGCCGGCGCACCAAGAGCAGCUCCCUGGAGCCCCAGCGCGGCAGCCCCCACCUGCUGCGCAAGGCCCCCCAGGACAGCAGCCUGGCCGCCAUCCUGCACCAGCACCAGUGCCGGCCCCGCUCCUCCUCCACCACCGACACCGCCCUGCUGCUGGCUGAUGGCGGCAACGUGUACCUCCUGGCCGAGGAGGCCGAGGGCCUCGGAGACAAGGUUGACAAGGGAGAGGCGGUGGCACUGAGCCUCCCCUCCGGCCCGGGCCAUGGGGACGCCGACGGCCCCGUCAGCCUGGACGUGCCCGAGGGGGCGCCGGACCCCCAGCGGACCAAGGCUGCCAUCGACCACCUGCACCAGAAGAUCCUGAAGAUCACGGAGCAGAUCAAGAUCGAGCAGGAGGCGCGGGACGACAACGUGGCGGAGUACCUGAAGCUGGCCAACAACGCCGACCGGCAGCAGGCGUCGCGCAUCAAGCAGGUGUUCGAGAAGAAGAACCAGAAGUCGGCGCAGACCAUCGCGCAGCUGCACAAGAAGCUGGAGCACUACCGCCGGCGCCUGCGCGAGAUCGAGCAGAACGGGCCGUCGCGGCAGCCCAAGGACGUGCUGCGCGACAUGCAGCAGGGGCUGCGCGACGUGGGCGCCAACGUGCGCGCCGGCAUCAGCGGCUUCGGCGGCGGCGUGGUGGAGGGCGUCAAGGGCAGCCUGUCCGGCCUCUCGCAGGCCACGCACUCGGCCGUGGUGUCCAAGCCCCGCGAGUUCGCCAGCCUCAUCCGCAACAAGUUCGGCAGCGCCGACAACAUCGCGCACCUGAAGGACCCCCUGGAGGACGGGCCCCCCGAGGAGGCGGCCCGGGCGCUCAGCGGCAGCGCCACGCUCGUGUCCAGCCCCAAGUACGGCAGCGACGACGAGUGCUCCAGCGCCAGUGCCAGCUCGGCCGGCGCCGGCAGCAACUCCGGGGCGGGGCCUGCCGGCGCGCUGGGGAGCCCCAAGUCCGCCGUGCUGUAUGGCGCCCCCGGCAGCCUGGACAGCGUGCUGGAGGAGCUGCGGGAGAUCAGAGAGGGCCAGUCGCACCUGGAGGACUCCAUGGAGGACCUGAAGGCUCAGCUGCAGAGAGACUACACCUACAUGACCCAGUGCCUGCAGGAGGAGCGCUACCGGUAUGAGCGGCUGGAGGAGCAGCUCAAUGACCUGACUGAGCUGCACCAGAACGAGAUGACAAACCUGAAGCAGGAGCUGGCCAGCAUGGAGGAGAAGGUGGCCUACCAGUCCUACGAGCGGGCGCGGGACAUCCAGGAGGCCGUGGAGUCCUGCCUGACCCGGGUCACCAAGCUGGAGCUGCAGCAGCAGCAGCAGCAGGUGGUGCAGCUGGAGGGCGUGGAGAACGCCAACGCGCGGGCACUGCUGGGCAAAUUCAUCAACGUGAUCCUGGCGCUCAUGGCCGUGCUGCUGGUGUUCGUGUCCACCGUGGCCAGCUUCAUCACGCCGCUCAUGAAGACGCGCCUGCGCAUCGGCAGCACCGCCCUGCUGCUCCUCGUCCUUUUCCUCCUCUGGAAGCACUGGGACUCCGUCACCUACCUCCUGGAGCACGUGUUGCUGCCCAGCUGAGCGGCCCACCCCCGCCCCUGCCGUGCUGCCCGGCCCUCCACCCCCGCCCGCUGGCCACACUUCUCCAGGGGGGACCUCGGGACUCCCAGGUCCCUUUGAUUUCUUACCAUCCAUUCCAACAGCUCCUGCCCCUCCUCGGCACCUGCUUCUGUCUCACACCUUCUCUCUGCUGGCCUAAAGAAAGCUCCGUGUGAGACACGGGCGGCCAGGUGGAACCGGAGGGGAUGGCGGCACUGGACUGUAGCCGUGAUGUCUGUCUCCUGGCCUCCCGCAGGAUGACUGGGCUCAGGAGAGCCACCGACAAGAGGAGGAGGAGGGGGAGGAGGAGGAAGACGGGCUGUGCCCCCCGAGGCAGCUGCCCGGGAGCCCAGGCCCUCGCCCCACUUGCUCCAGGCCUGGUUGCGGGCUGGCUUGAGCCCGGUGGACGUGGCUCGAGCCUUCCUGCCUGUCGCUGGAUCUGCCACUUUCAGGGAAGCAGGCUCGGGGGGCGGGGGGCCCAGCCUCAGCCCUGAGGCCUCCUGCAGCACACCGGGCUCUGUUUGUUUAUUUAUUUGUCCCCUCGUCCCUUACCCCCCGUCUUCCCGGCCGAGCCCCCCUCUCUGGGGCCGGGGCCUGUUCUGGCCACAUGGCCUCUGCCUGGUCCCGGCUGCGGGCGGGGGCUCCCGGCGGGAGCGUGGCCUCUCUUUUAUAUGUCUAUUUAUUUUGUACAUGUGUACCUGUGUGCAGGAGGGUGUCUGUCUCUGUGUUUUUUUAAGGCUCCCGAGUGUUGUGUAUGGAUUCUCUUCACGUCCCAGCCUCCCCACGGGCACUUUCCAGAGGGGGGAUCUCUCGGGAAAGGAGCGGGAGAGCAGUGCCUGCGGCCGCUGUGCACCUCCCUGGGAAAUAAACACCCUCUCAGUUU